UCAAUUAAUUUUAUCAGUUAUCCGCUACUUUAGUGAUGACCCUACCUCCAUCAUUAACUUCCCUGUGCUCAUUAUUAGCCAGUACGUUCAGUUGAGCAGUGAAGAGCAAAAAUGUCCCCUAACUGUUUGCGUCUCGUUUCCAUUCUUACUUUGAUCCACAUCAUUGACUUGCCAACUACUUCCGCAAAUACCAAUACCGAAUAUCUCCUCGCCCAACUAUCUCCCACCAAACUACCCACCAGACGUCGCGGUCCGGCAGUCUCAUUUGAUGGAAACGAUUCAAUUUACUCGUUUGGAGGCUACUUCUACGACUACCCUUGCGGCGGAUGUUACAAUUAUUAUGACCAAAUUUACAAAUACAACAUCAGACGCCAUAGCUUUAGCGGCUAGACUGCCCGUUGGGAUUUAUGCUGGCAGUACGAUAUCCGAUUCUGUUGGGAACAUUUAUUAUUUUGGUGGUAGUACGAGAUCUACUCGGAAUAGGGUUGUCUAUAAAUUUAACCCGAACACUACCCAAGUCACACAAGUUGGUGAAUUACCGUUAGAACUGAGCAAUGCCAUCAAGGUGGAUGAUAGCAGAGUGUUUUUAUUUGGACAUACAUUUCUUGAUCAUUCUUCAAUUGUUGGGUUUGAUUUGGUUAGUUAUGAAUCAACAAUUGUUGGAGAUUUGGGGUAUAAUUGUACCAAAGCGCCAGGAAUUAGGUACAAGGAUGACCUGUGGAUAUUAUGCAGCUCGACUUUAAACCCAACAUCCACAACAAUGUUGCGAUACAAUUUAAUAAAUGGGGUAACUACAGCUGUAAAAUCGUUUCCAUAUCUGGCAGAAACACCAAGUCUAGUUUGGGAUGAAGAGUCCACCCCAUACAUCACAGAGGGUCACCAAUACCCAGGCGACUUUGUGAUCAAGUACGACUUGGAGAAGCCGUCAGAUAUUCAUUUUAUCCAAGUUAAAAUGUAUCCUGGCAACGCGACCUACUAUUACACCGGGAUGGGUGGAGUUUACGUAAAGAAGCUGAAUCGUAUCUACCUCUUUGGGGGAUUAGUGAGUAUCCCCUUAUUCAGCGGAUGGAAGAAUGACAUUCACACACAUUGAUCUACCACGGAAGGAAGUUCCAUUUCAAGUUAACUGUUCCGGAGAAGGUGAAGAUGGCAGAGUGUACCCACAUCCCACUAAUUGCUCACAAUACGUGAUUUGCUUAUCCCAAGAACUUUUUGAACAAAGUUGUUUAAAUGGGGAAAUGUUUGACCCGGUUGAUUUGGUUUGUAAGGAUCAAGAACUUGUAGAUUGUGAGAUGAAUUGUGUGGGAAAGAUGAGAGGAUUUUACCCAAAAGUGGGAAAUUGUUCACAAUUCGUAACUUGUGAAGCGGGCAAAACAACACUGAAUGACUGUCCAAAUAAUCUUUUGUUUGAUAAGCACUGGUUACGAUGCAAUUUUAGGGAUUUGGUAAAGUGAUAAAUAUUCAUGUUAUGAUGGCCUGUAAAUUUGUUGGUAUAAAAUAAAGGUCAAUUUGUGAGUGAAAAUUAAUAACACAAUUAUUUUAUUUUACAAAAUUGACAGUUAGCUUUUCUACGUUUUGAUAAUUUCCGCAAAGCUCCGUAUCUCUUGCAAGUGAGCAAAAUUUUUAAGAUGCAAAUAAACAAUGUAAAAAC